UGAAACUGUAACGUAUUGUUUCUAUUCACAUGGCUUGCAGAUUGUGGGCUGUGAGUAUUGCUUAAAUUUGUCAAUUUGCCUGAAACUUUGCUGAGUCUGUGUUGUUGACACUAGAUGAAUAAAGUCUGUCUUAACAGGAUUUUAUACAGUGUAACAAAACUUUCCUGUUCUAAAUGUAGACAGGAACUUCCCACUGAAAAAGUCUAUAGUGAAUUGAAAGUUGGUCAGUAUGGUUCAAAGAUCCUACGAACUGAAGCUGGGGCAUUCAAUGCAGGAAACAGACUGCAAAGAUAAAGAAGAGAUGCAGAAUCUGUGUGUUACAAAUGGGAGAACAGAGCAGUGCUGUGGGGAGCACAGAUGGAGACUGGAGUUGUUCUGCCAGGAGGAUGAGGCCUUUCUCUGUGUUCUGUGUGUUCCCAGACAUUCCGGUCACAGUUUUGUGUUCCUGCAUGACACAGUAAGUGUGUAUAAGGACAAACUGAAACCAUCACUAUCAUCCCUGGAACUAAAAGUCAGAGAUCUUAAAGAUUUACAAACCAAGACUGAGACAGAAUUCCAGGAGAUAAAAGAACAUGCUGUUAAUUUAGAAAAAUACAUUGCAGAAGAGUUUGCAAAACUGCACCAGUUUCUUCAUGACAAGGAGCAAAAACUCAUUCAACAACUUAACAGCAAAGCGUCAGAAAUUCUGAAAGAGAUAGAAGAAAAAUUUGAAUGCAUUAAAACUGGUGUCACAGAAAUCCACUCAGCAGUGUCUGAUAUUAACUUUGGAUUAAAAAAAGAAGUAGACAUUUUGGAAGAGAGAAGUGACACACACAAUCUGGCAACCACUGAAGAAUCCGUGUUGGGUGACACCUCAGAACAUGGAAAUCACAAAACGAAUGGUGUUCUAUCAGAUCCAGAAUCCUUUGAGGAUGUUGCUGUUACUUUCUCAGCAGAGGAGAUGAAGAUGUUAACAAAACAAGACAAGGAGCUUCAUAAGGAAGUGAUGUUAGAGAACUAUGAAACCUUAGUUUCAGCAGGUAGGUCUUGUCCCAUCUUAAGGAGUGGUCUUUGUUCUGAGAGUUACAAGUACCUUAUUAAAAUGCUAUGCCGAGAUGUCUUGUGUGUUUAUUAG